AUGAUCCUUUCUGACGAAAUCACAACCGCAAAUAUCGCAGACCAUCUGAAACAACGCCUAAAUGGGACUUUUCGCUGGCCGUUACUACAGGAACUUUUAAGUCGUCUAGAAUCUGCCGGGAAUAACACGAAAGAGAUCGUAGCAAUCAACAAAUGGUUCAAAGAAGAGUUGGAGAGGCUCGUUGGGAGCGAGAAGGAGGAUGAAGACUCCAGAAAAGUGUCUGUAGCCCAAAGUUUGCUAGAUUUAGUCGCUAUGAAGAGUAACUUUACGACAAACAGCGAGGAAGAAAUCUUCAUACACACCGCCCAGUACGUAAAGGAUGAAGUUUUCCAAAUUAAAAAGGGCUGCGAGAUAGAAAACAAGUCAACCUUCUCAUUCGAUUUGGCUGUUACGGUUCCCUACUACAAAUGCCACAAUGCCUCCGCAGCGCUCGUGGAUGAGGCAAUAAAUGACAAAAUAUUGAGGUUUGCGAACCUCUUUAAGGAGUUUUGCAACUCAAAGGGACUCCAGUGCGAAUUCAAGCCUCUGAGAACCGACAGCGAGACGGAUGUAACGGUAUAUGGAAGAAUUGGAGCAGAAGGAGAAAGUGGAAUUGAUAUUCUCAACGUCACUCUCCAGGGAAGUACAACUAAUGAUUUCGGAGUAAGGGCGCAAAUUGAAAAUUUACACCAAAUUGAGGAGCUCUGUCUAUUUCCAGGGCAAAUGGUAGGUUUUUCUCCAUCAAAUAAAUCCUCUCAGGCCGCUGUAACCGGACGCUGUUUCGAGGAUAACUUUGGAGUUCGCUACGUUACUAGCAAUAUACGAUGUGGAAUUCCGGUAGAUGAACCAGUCACUACUCUAGCUGCGCAAAACAAGUUUAAAAACGAGAACAUUCACAUUUCGGUGAUACGUGGAGCUCUUCUUACUGAGAAUUUGGAGCAAACAAACUUCCAAUAUGUCUUUCACAAGCUAAAGAGGGAUAAACCGCAUGUUGUAUUCUUCAUGGGACCCUUUGUUAGUGUCAACCAAAUGGCCGUUGAGGGGUAUGGAAUAUCGCGAUUGGGAGACUUGACAUUUUUGUACUCCAAAUUCCUCAAGGACCUGUCUAAUGUCGCUCAAUUUGGUCCAAUGAGUAAUACCAAAUUUGUAAUCGUUCCUCACUGCUAUGAUGUCCUGCUGAGCUAUCCUCUCCCACAACCACCACUAAAUUGUGCAUCAAGUCCUCUAUACAAGAAAGAAUUUCCAGAGAAUAUAAUUUUCCUUUCAAACCCAGGAACUAUAAGCAUCAAUGGAAUCCUCUUUGGAGUUACAUCUUGCGAUGUAAUCUCAGGAAUCGAAAAAAACAUGGUAUGCAAGCCAAAAGAGGAUUCAGUGCGACUCAUCUGCCAACAAUUAUUGCAACAGCGUUCUCUCUUUCCCAGCUAUCCGGCAUCAAAGCUUCCAGCUGAAUAUGCAGUCGAUCAUUCGAUGCUCCGUCAGUUGGAGUUUUCAAACGAAACAAUCCCAGACAUUGUGCUGUUCUCAAGUUCAGCAAAAUCGGAGCCUUUUGUCGAAUUUACAAAUCACAGGGCGUUUAUAAGCUGCCACAACGUCAUGGUCCCAAAGAACCAAACUGUGCAGUCAGUAACGGAGAUUUAUGUCACACCUCAAACCGAUGUUGGAGGACUUAUUGUACCAAUGGAUAUCGAUAAGAGGGUCUCACUCGCAGUUAGCAUUCUACAGGAAUGA